GUCGUCACAGCUGCGCCCGCGUCCGGCCCCGCGCAGCGCCGUCCCCGCGCCUCGGGCCGGAGGAUGCCCAGGAAGCUGCUGCUGCUGCCCCCGCUGUCCGCGUGCUCCGCUCUCCGCGUCCCGCGGGCUCGCCCCGCCGCCCCGCCGGCCAUGAACGCCGCCCGCACCGGCUACCGAGUCUUCUCGGCCAACUCUACGGCCGCCUGCACGGAGCUGGCCAAGCGCAUCACCGAGCGUCUUGGUGCUGAAUUGGGGAAAUCUGUUGUGUACCAGGAGACCAAUGGAGAAACAAGAGUUGAAAUCAAAGAGUCUGUUCGUGGCCAAGACAUUUUCAUUAUUCAGACAAUACCCAGAGAUGUGAAUACGGCCGUGAUGGAGUUACUGAUUAUGGCCUAUGCGCUGAAGACCGCCUGCGCCCGGAAUAUCAUCGGUGUCAUCCCCUACUUCCCCUACAGCAAGCAAAGCAAGAUGAGGAAGAGAGGCUCCAUCGUGUGCAAACUCCUGGCAUCCAUGCUGGCAAAGGCUGGUUUAACUCACAUAAUCACUAUGGAUCUUCACCAAAAGGAAAUACAAGGCUUUUUCAGCUUUCCAGUGGACAACCUUAGAGCCUCACCUUUCCUGCUUCAGUAUAUCCAGGAAGAAAUUCCAAAUUACAGAAAUGCAGUCAUUGUAGCUAAGUCUCCUGAUGCUGCAAAAAGGGCUCAAUCCUAUGCUGAGAGACUGCGCCUGGGCCUGGCUGUGAUCCAUGGAGAAGCUCAGUGCACAGAGCUGGACAUGGAUGAUGGUCGACACUCGCCACCCAUGGUCAAGAACGCUACUGUGCAUCCGGGCCUGGAGCUGCCCUUGAUGAUGGCCAAAGAGAAGCCACCGAUAACAGUGGUCGGAGACGUCGGGGGACGCAUUGCAAUCAUAGUGGAUGACAUUAUUGAUGACGUGGAGAGUUUUGUGGCUGCCGCAGAGAUCCUGAAAGAGAGAGGUGCUUACAAGAUCUAUGUCAUGGCUACACAUGGCAUCCUGUCUGCCGAAGCCCCCCGUCUGAUUGAGGAAUCCUCCAUUGAUGAGGUGGUGGUGACAAACACUGUCCCUCACGAGCUCCAGAAACUGCAGUGUCCCAAGAUAAAGACUGUGGACAUCAGCUUGAUUCUUUCUGAGGCGAUCCGGAGAAUCCACAAUGGCGAGUCCAUGGCUUACCUCUUCCGGAACAUCACAGUGGAUGACUAACUUGGAGCUGCCUUGACCCUGGACCUACACAGCAGCGUGUCAGCCUGGAGUAGACUACAGUUAUCACGGAAGUGUACAUGGCCGGUGGGGAGGAGGCAGGAAGGCAGAGCUAGCGGGUAAAGGGCCCGGCCUUCACUGUCUGCCGCCUCCAGCCCUGUUGAUCAUGCUGAGGUGGAAGAUAAUCAAGGGCACAGCCUCCUUGCUUGUUCUGUUUAAUAGUGUCAGCUCUGGGGAAGGCAAGCGGACCAUUGAGCUUGGUCAGGGAGCCAAGUGUCCCUGGCACUGUUGGUGCGGAUGCCCUCUCCCCUGGACAAGGUUCUGAUAGUCUUACAGAGAAUCACUUUUCUUUCGGGAACCCCUGUGCCUGCUGCCGUCCAACAGUGAAGCGCCUUGUCUGCUCUCGGCUGAUCAGAUUAGAGAGCAGUCCCUUGUCUCAGCAUCUGUGUUCUCGGAAGCUGCGAAUAAAAGUUUCCCGUCUC